CAGCAACAAGGAAGGUAACUGUUUUAUGUAUGAUACAACUUUUGAAUGCUAUUGAGGUUAGCCUGCUUAUAUGAUAAAAGCUAAAGCACAACAACAACGCACUAGAGAUGGAGAGCCAGAAUCCACAACAAACUAUCUCAUACAAUACACCAGUGAGACAGAAAAUAAAGGAAUUUAAAGGAUAUGGCGCAAUUUUCUUAGGCUCAUUCCUGCUAAAAUUAGGUCUUGGAGCCAUAAUAAUUGGUGGGAUGACAUACCAUUAUACAUACAAGUCAUACGAGUAUCCUGAAAAGAUGUACCUGAACGUUAAUUCUAGAUUUUUUGUUGGAGUUUGGACUGGAGUUUUUUUUGUACUGACUGGUAUUAUUGGGAUUGUGGCAGGAAUAUCUAAAAGUCAAUGUAUGAUUGCAACACUUUUGGUACUGAGUGUUAGUGGAAUAUUCUUUGCCAUUGCCUUGUUGAGUACCUAUGCAGUUACAUUGCCAUUUGUAAUGGAAGGUCUAAGAAAUGAAGACCAGGAAAACCAACGAGCAGAACUAAUAAAUUGGGAACUAUGGGCCGGACUUGAUGGGGCAUUAUUUACUAUUGGAGUCGUCAGUGGUUUUCUGUGCAUUGUAUCCUCUAUAUUGGGCUGUGCAGUUGUUUGUUGUGGCAGGAGGAAUGCAAACACUGGACACUACCUAGAGAUGGAGAGCCAGAAUCCACAACAAACCGUCCCAGACAAUGCACCAGUGAGAGAGAAAAUUGAUGAAUUUAAAGGUCGUAGCGCAAUUUCCUUCGGCUUAUUGUUGAUAAUAUUGGGUAUUGGAGCUGCAAUAAUCGAUGGGAUGAUUUUCAAAUUCGACUUUCAACAAUAUCUUUCUUUAUCCACUCCCUUCUGGUUUACUGGAGUUUGUGGUGGAGCUGUGUUUGUUCUGACUGGUAUUAUUGGUAUUGUGGCAGGAACGUCUAAAACGCAAUGUAUGAUUGCAACACAUUUGGUUCUUAGUGUUCUUGGAAUAUUCUUCGCCAUUUCCUUGAUAAUAUACUAUAGCUUUAUGGUAUCAUAUGUAGGAUGGUCAUUGGAAUCUGUCACGUUACUCGACCUAAGUGUGAUAUCGAUUGCCAUUGGAGUUAUCUGUGGUAUUCUGUGCAUUGUAUCCUCUAUAUUUGGCUGUGCAGUUGUUUGUUGUGGCAGAAGGAAUGAAAUCCCUUCAUGGAACUACCCAGGUGCUGAUAAUUCUGGACAUAUUCCCUAUAGAUAUGGACAAGAGAUGCAACAAAAUCCCAUUCAUGCGCAGCAUCCACAGAAAGAAGAACAGUUAAGGUUCUAA